AUGUCGGACGGCGAGGAAGUGCCGCCCCCACAGCGCCAGCCGGCGUACAGGCCUCUUGCGAGGCCCGCUCAGCCCGCAGCCGCCGCCACGAGCGGCCAGCCGAGGCAGCGCCCGGCCGCGCUCAGCCGCGAGCCGACCGCAGCGACCCAGCAAGGGCCCCCCGCCCCCCUCCCCGGCCGCGACAGCCACCGCCGCCCCAGACACCACCCGGACUCCUCAGAGGGAUCGCUCUCCGAGGAGAAGAGACCCAGAGUCGGGCCCUCGCCGAAGCAAAGGGCAUCGACACCGGAGCCUCAAGUCUCGCCGAUAGAGAGGUAUGUCCCGGGAUACCGCGGGGAAAACACCCUGCGAACCCCUACCGCAUCACCGGUCAGGUCCGCCUCAGCGCCCGCAUCUCCAUCAGCCCACGGCUCCUCGGCCUCGGCCCGUUUCUCCUCGGAGGGCCGAUCAGGCACGACAGCCGAAGGCAGCCAGCCGAGUGGGACUCUGGCCCCCCAGGUGGUCUCCGACGAGGACUACCUGGACUACGUAGCUCCUCGGCCGGCCUCGUCUAACUCCACGGCCCCAACGUCCUACGCGGCGUUGAACAGUCCCGCGCGGACGUAA